UUGACAGCUGGCAAGUCGUCAACACAACAAAAUUUUGUUUUGUUUUGGGUAAAGGUGGUCGCUUUGAUGAAAAAUGACCGCAGUACAAAAUACAGCGAAAACUUUCAAAUUCUCUUAUCCAACAUGUACAAACGAAGAGGUGUUGUUCAAGCUAGAGGUUCCCGUGGAAAUACCGCACGGCGGGUCGACCAGGGAGCUCGUGCAGAGAGUUAUGAAAAUGUUCCAUAUUCCUGUGUAUUUAGAAGACGAGCUCAAUGGAAAACUAGCCGAGUUUGUGGCAGAGGAAACUAAAAAGUUUCAUAAUGAGAGAGAUGCAAAGUUACUAGACCAACUGAAGAACAGUGAAUUAAACAUUGAAGGGAUUGUUAAAAACUGGGAAAAGCUUUUUAAGGAGAAUGUCAUGGAGUUUGCUGAACAGAAAGGAUCUUCGGAUGAGGAAGUGUUUGCAGCUGCAUACCAUAAACUAGUGCAUUCGCCUGCACUAGACACUAUUCUCCAAGUGGAAGCCACCUAUGCCCAGACUGUUAUGAAUAUGUUGAAGAGUAGAGAUGAUGAUAUCGAGAAGCUUACACAGAAACAAACAGAAGAAAUGGAAGAGAAGAUGCGCCUGCUGAACACGGUGACGACUGAAGAGGAGAUCAACGAACUGGCUGUGCAGCACUUCGAGCAGCAGAGCCUAGCGGCGGGCCGCUGGGACUCGCAGCUGGAUGCGCUCCGGCACACACAGCGCGCCGCACAUCGCGCCUGGCUCAUGACCGCCAUCGACGACUACCAGACCGACGAGAAAAUCACACCCAGCAAUUCCCCGCUGAUGUCGUUCCCCGCGGCGCUGGCGCCGGCGCCCGCCACGCCGCGUCUGGAGGAGAGCUUCACCAUCCACCUGGGCUCGCAGCUCAAGCAGACGCACAACAUCCGCCUCGCCGCACUGCACAUGAUGCAACUGUGCUCCGUGCACCGGCCCGACGCCGACGGGGGGACAUGGGCGGGCGCUCAGCCGGCGCUUGCUCUGUACUCAGGCGAGCUGAGCGGCUCAGUGUUGCUAGUGGACCCCGUACCGAGUCGCUCGCCGCUGCUACGCUCUGCCCGAGCCGCGGCCGAACACCACUUCCCCGACGUGGAGGCUCAGUUGAGGCACAUUACUGAAGCCAUAAAGGAACCGGUCGAGAAGCGCAACGCGGAGCGGCAGGCGGGCCGCGCGCGCGGGGAGCGCCUGCGGGCGGGCGACGUGUUCGUGAGCCGCCACAGCAACCUGGCCGAGGCGCACGUGGUGUUCCACCUGGUGGCGGACGACGAGUCCCUCAAGGCCGGGGACAUGACGUCACGACACCCGGCGAUCCUUGGCCUCCGGAAUAUCCUGAAAGCUGCGUGCUGCAACGACGUCACCUCUAUCGCGUUCCCGCUACUCCUCAAACACGAACUGACAGAGGAGAUGACCGCGGCGUGGUGCAUGCGGCGCGCAGAGCUCGUGCUGAAGUGCGUAAAGGGCUUCGUGCUGGAAGCCAGUGGUGGGGGCGGCGCCGACUUGCGCACGCUGUGUGCCACCCUGCCCCCAGAUAUCCGACCUGCGCUGUUCUCAUCGCUGGCAGCACUCCUGCCCACUAUCUUUAGGGUUUCCGGACCGGUUCGAGCGAAAACUGCCGCUCAGUGAACGCUUGUUUAAUUAAAUGUAUCGAGCCUUUAUCACCGACGGCCGAGCACCGAGCGUAACACGAUUCGAUAUUUAACAUGUACCUACUGUGUAGAAUUUCAAUCCAAUAAUUAAACAUAACUCCUUUGCUAUUUUUAAAAGUCGUAUAAGGAGGCAAUAUUAGUCACUAUAAAUAUGUUAAUACUAUAUGUGUAUUUACGUAAAUACACAUAUAUAGUAUUACAAUUUAUUAUUAUUUUUAAUUAUCAAUGUAUUUUUUAGUGUAAAUCUAUGUAUGAGAUGAGGUAUAUGGAUUUUGUAUAACUGCCAUACCCCUAACAGGAUUUCCCGUCAAUCAUUUCCUUAUUCCAUCGGUUAAGGUAGCCUGGAAGAGAUCACUUUUAGUGAUAAGGCCGCCUUUUGCAUAAUUAUAUUAAAGUAAGGGUUCUGUGUGUGUAUAGAAAAUAUUAUGCAAGUUGUUUAAAUAAAUAAAUACUAUCAUUAAAUUACAAUUUAACAAAAAUAUUUAAGAAACCUAAAAAUGUAGAAUUUGUGUUUGUCGGUUACGAUAUUGUCAAUCUGAGACGUCUAGAAAUCGAUUCCGUUGUUUUUAGUCGUUAAAAUUAAUAUAUUUUAAAAUUUCCGCGUCUUAUAUUGAAGUUACUUAAUCAAGAAGUUAUGCCGACUGUGCCAAGCCGUAUAUAGACAAAGACGUGCCGCUAAGCAAUUUUAGUGUUCCGGUGUGAUGUCGCGUAGAAACCGAUUAGGGGUCUGACUACCGUACUCCCUAACCGGUUAGAUCGCUACCAUCUUAAACUGCAUCAUAACUUACCACCAGGUGUAAUUAAGUAUGGAUAUGAGUCAAAUCAUUGAAAUAAGUGGAUGAAAUGUUAUUUACAGACAUUCCAAUUUUAUUAUAUUCAUAAG